AUGCCUCUACCAACCCGGGGCCAACCACCUCAAAUAAUCACCUCGCGGAAUGAAAAAGUGACAGUCAUGUCAAAGUACUUGUCCGCUCGAUAUCCUCCCGAUCCAGAAAUGUACGCCACUGCCCAUGAGGAACGACUUGGGACCAAUACCCUGAUCAGAGAUAACGGUGUCACUGACCAUGCCGAACAAUUGUCAUUCAAGCCCCUUGCCUACGCUGGCACUGCUGCAAUGGCUUUUCUAUUUGUGACUCAACCUCGGUUGCUGAGUAACACAUCCUUUGUCUAUUGCUCUUCGCGCCAUAUCCACAUAUCGCUCGCUCCUCAAGAUGGUGUAUAUCCCUGCCAUUUUUGGUGCGCAAUACCACGAAAUAAAAAGUGGGAAAGCGUUCUCAUUGUCAGCCUGCUGACCAUGAUGACACGUGUCGAUUGGGUAUAUGCUUUCGAAGUCCUGGGCCAUGGCGGUGAAGGGACAUUCUAUGGUCCCGUCUCCAAACGGCCGUUCACGCCCAUAUCCGUCGUCCUGCUGAGACCCGUCAUCACUGCCGCCACUACAAGUAUUGCGACUGGUAAUGCUCUCGCUUGUUGA